AUGUCAAAUGAAGAAGUUAUUCAACUUGCAAUUAAGGAUUUAAGAGCUCAAAAGGUCAAAAAUUACACUGCAACUGCUAGGAAGCACUCAAUUAAUAAGGAAACACUGCACCAUCAUUAUAAUGGCUUGCAACUUGUGCAGGAUGAAGCAGCCUCCCAACAUAAGAAGAAGCUUUUAAAUCAGCAAGAACAAAUGCUUUUGCUUUAUAUAGAGAAGCUUGCAGCUCACAGCUUUGCUACUACACCUCAAAUCAUUUAA